AUGGCUUUGCAACGAAAAAAGCGAGAGCAUCCAACUGGAAAUGCCGAUUUCAAUGAGCUUGAGGACGAUGCUUAUGAGAGCGUAGGGUUUCAUGACCAUGGGGAUUAUUUUGAACGAAAAAAGAGAAAACUGCAGAAUCAGAAUGCUGCUCUCUAUAGAGGUAUGGGGGAGUCAUCAGUAUCGAAUAUAUUUGAAGGACUUAGUAUGGCCAUAAACGGUUACACAAAUCCAUCGUAUUCCGAGUUACGAACGAUGAUAAUUCAAAAUGGAGGAACCUUCGUACAAUACGUGGGCAAAAAGACAAGCUUAUCUUUUCUAAUUUGCUCCUUUCUAACUCCUUCUAAGGCUAAUCAAUGGAAGCAUCAUAAAGUCGUGACCCCUCAAUGGAUAGUUGAUUGCAUCCGUAAUCAAAAACUACUACCUUGGACAAAUUAUCGUGCUGUCCAUCCUGUUGCUUCACAGUCUUUACUUUCUUUUUCUGACGCUUUUAAAGAAGUUGUACCUCAAAUAUCUGAGCAGCAUCAUGAAUCCUCGGAGGUUGAAGAUCAAACCCAAGAUGCGCUACCGUCAAAUGAUGUAGGACAAACAGAAACAAAGAAAAUGAACGACGAAUUGCCCAAUUCUCUGAAAUUUUUAUCUAGAUCUGCAUGGCACAAUUAUCACUUGUUGAAUACCCCAAACAUCCGAAAGUCUACUACCCAAAAUCCAGAGUUUCUUCAGAAGUUCUUUAAUUCUUCUCGAUUGCACCAUCUUAGCACAUGGAAGACUGCUUUAAAAGAGGAAAUUCAAAUAAUGACGACUUCUUCUGGUCUUACUUCAGUCAGGAAUGUGAAGAGCAUAAAUACGAAGCACUUUAUUAUGCACGUUGACUUUGAUUGUUUUUUUGCCGCUGUGUCUACUAGAAAUGCUAGUGAGUUACAGCUUAAGCCUGUAGCUGUUGCUCAUGGUAUAAAAAAUUCAGAAAUUGCUAGUUGUAAUUAUGAAGCUAGGAAAUAUGGGAUCAAAAAUGGAAUGUUUGUGUCUACGGCUAAAAGCUUGUGUCCUUCUUUGGUACUUGUUGACUAUGAUUUCGAUGCAUAUGAAUCUGUUUCACGAGAAUUUUAUUCCGUUUUAGUCGAUACUCCUAACGACUAUUUGAAAGUGAUCAGUAUUGACGAAGCUUUACUUGAUUUGACUACUCACGUUCAGUCUUUUGAAGAUUGCGCGAAUAUCGCAGAGUCCAUUCGUAAGCGAGUUAGGACUAGAACGAAUUGCGAUGUUAGUGUAGGCAUUGGAUCAAACGUUCUGCUAGCAAGGCUUGCCUUACGAAAAGCAAAGCCGCAUAACGUAUUUUAUAUUAGGGAUGAAGAUGCAUAUGUGUACUUGCAAUCUCUCCCUGUUCAAGAUUUACCCGGUGUUGGCCCCUCACAGUCUUCCAAGCUGUUCGACUUGUAUAACGCAAAAACAGUUGGAGAUUUGCAAAAAAUAAAUAAACAUAUCCUUCAAAAAACGUUCGGUGCCAAUUAUGGAUUGCAUUUGUAUAAUAUAUCUCGGGGAGCCGAUACUAAUAAUAUAAGCAAUGAAACCCCGCGUCGAUCUAUUUCUGUUGAUGUGAAUUGGGGUGUUCGCUUUGUCUUUUUGGAAGAUGCAAUGGAUUUUUUGAAACGUCUUUUGCAAGAGCUACUUAAUCGUAUGUCUAAAUGCGACGUCGCGUUACAUCAACUCCAACUUCGGGUCUUAAAGCGAGCAGAAAAUGCUCCAUUUAAUCCUAUUAAAUAUCUUGGUGCUGGCGAAGUUACGCCCUUGACGAAAUCUGCAAUGUUUACUUCUGCCACGAAGUCAUUUGAUAUACUUUACAGACAAAUAGUAAAUCUUUAUAUAUCUCUGGAUGUGGAUCCAGGAGAUGUGCGAGGAAUUGGUCUGCAGGCAUCUAAGAUUGUGAAGGACAGUAAUAAUGAACAAUCGUUCAAUUUUAACGCGCCGCUGAAAACCCCUCAGAAGAAAAUCCUUCCUGGCUUAUCGAACAGACAGCAUACUCAAGGUCAAGGUCAAGAAUUUGAUGAAAUUUACGAAAAAAAAGAACCUUCUCCGACUGACACUACUUUUGUUCCAUCCACUCCGUACAAUCUUCCUUCAGCCUCACAGAUGAGUCCAAGCGUUUUGGCCCAACUGCCGCAGUCUAUGCAAGGAAGCAUAAAACGACAAUUGGAAGUACAAAACAAAAAAUUCGACGAAAUCCCAAGCAAGUUGGAUCCACUGUUUUUGAAGGAGUUACCUACGCCAAUUAGGAAUGAGGUAAAGGAAGAUCAUGAAAUUACCAUGAAUAAGCGGAUAAAGCUGAAAACUCAUGCGCGACCUAAUGAAAAGGUUCCAGAGGAGACGGUGGAAAAAAUUCAACAGCAAGAUGCUUUUCAAAAGAUGUUGAGACCAAAUAAGAAGGAAAAAAAGAAAAACCUUCCACAGGUAGAUCUUCAGGUACUGGAAGAGCUCCCAAAAGAAAUCCAAGAGAGUGUAUUAGAGGAAAUUAAACUUAGUCGGUAUGAUUUAGCUCGAGAAGUAAAGAUGAUGCCGAAUCCUGUCGUUACUUUUCAGCAGAAACAAUCAAUAGAUGACCUUCGAGAGCUAGUAGCAAUUUGGUACGAAAAAUCGCCAAGGGGACCUAAUUCACAUGAUGUUGAAUACUUUUCAAGGUACCUUGGCCGUGUUGUUCGGGAAGAGCGAAACUUAUUGAAAGUACAAGCUUUAAUUCGAUGGCUUCAGCAAUUGAAUCGCAGAAACAAGGUAGGAGCUUGGCAAAUGGCAAUAGACAGAACCGUUGAGGCAGUUCAAGAAGCAUGUUUAAUAAGGAACACACCUCCACUCGUUUUAUUGUAA